AUGUUCCGCAAGUACUCCUACCUCGAGCACUACCCCGAAAUCCAGGAGAUCAUGUCUGAGCGCCCCCGCUUCUUCCGCGACCACCUGGACCACUGCCUCGAGAUGCUCCGCCAGAACCUGAUGUGCCACGCCGACAUUGCGCUCAUCACCUACGACUGGGUCGCGGGCUUCCCCAAGCCCUUCCCCGACUUCAGCACGGUGCACCAGUGCCGCGACUUUGGAAAGAUCCAGCAGUGGGAGCGCGAGAACCGCGUCCGCGUGUCGCUCGGGCGCAUCCAGGCCGCGCGGGGUGAGGGCGAGCUCUCUGUUGCGGACGUCGAUCUCAGCGGCGUGCUCACCAUCGGUGGAAUGAGCGGGGAUGCACCCACUCGAACGGAUUGA